GCAUUGCCAGUCUUGUGUUGCCUUCUUCGUAAAAGCUCUUUUCUGCAACUACGUCUACCAGUUUCUUCAGGAAUGCAAGCUGCUUUAUUGGUGGUCCUCAUAGGAGUUUGGAUCGUUAGUGCCUGGUAUGAUCCAGUGUUCGUAAAUGAGCUCAGGGGUCUGGUGAAAGACGUAAAAGACAGAGUUUUGCUAGACGCUCUCAGAAAAAAUGUUCAUCUAAACCGCACUACGAAGGAAGCAGUUGUCAACGAGAUCCUUGAACUACAAGACGAGAAAACUCAGAAAGCAUAUGCAACUAAAGUGCAAAAGAAAAAGCAAUUGCGUAAAGCACGGUAUGACGAAGCAAUCGAAGGCUUAAAAGCAGUGGAGGACUACUUGGAACAAGCUGAAAAGAUCAACAAUGACACGGCCAUCACAGAUGAUGAUGCAAGAACGAAGAUGAAAGAAUUGAAAAGAAAGCUGAACCUAAAGCAGCGCAGACUUGCGGUACAAGUGGAGAAGCUUAAUUAUGAAGAAGAAUGAUUUUCAUUGGGAAUCUGAAUCUAAUA